CACAGCAGAGAUAACUGGGUGGGUUAGGAAUAAGACUGGGGGUCAGGUUAAGGCAAAGGGAGACAUGCAUCGAAGGAGGAACAGACUUCGACACAGCACCGGUACUUUCCUUUUCCUUUCCUGACGUCACAUGUCGGAGCCGUUUACCAUCCAUACACGGGAAGGGCAACGUACAUGUCGUCACAUACCGGAAAAUAAUGGAAAACACACCGAACAACCGCUCUGAUGUGGUCCGUAAAAGUACGGAGGACUGCGCCAUUUGCUUGGAUAAAAUUCAGGAAAAGAAGGUGUUAAAGUGCCUUCACUCUUUUUGCUCUGCGUGUAUCGACUCUGUUUUCAAGUUUAAGCCUGCCUGUCCGAUAUGCAACACCUACCAUGGAGUGUACACGGGGAACCAGCCGAACGGCACUAUGACGGUGAUGCGCGGCUGGCAGCGCCUGCCUGGCUUUGAGAACUGCGGAAGUAUUGUCAUACAGUACAGUUUUCCAGCGGGGAUACAAGGGCCUGAGCACCCAAACCCUGGAGUGAGGUACAGCAGCACCUCUCGCACUGCCUUCCUGCCAGCCUGCGAGGAGGGAGAGAAAGUCCUGAAGCUGCUGAGGAAAGCUUUCGACAGGAGACUCAUCUUCACGAUCGGGCAAUCUGCCACCACAGGCCUCAACAAUGUUAUCACCUGGAAUGAUAUUCACCACAAGACCAGCAUUGGAGGUGGUCCACAAUGUUUUGGAUAUCCAGAUCCAGCGUAUUUGUUCAGGGUUCAAGAGGAGCUUCGUCUUAAAGGAGUAACAGAGGAUGACUAACGGGUGAAGACAUCCCUCAGAUAGAUUUAAUACUGUGUAUUUUUUAGUUCUUUAUUUCAAGUCUGCACUUUUUGCAGUCCUCAAACAGGGAUCUUCAUCACUGACACUUUAAAAUGUUUUUUUUUUUUCUGUGAGGUGUCUAAAUGGAAUUACCAGAUAUGACACAUGGAGGCUAGUGGCUUUUCCCAAAGAUUUUCAACUCUUUAUUUCAACUGACUAUGCAAAAAAAAUUACUUAUUACAGCCUGUGCAGUGUGUAACCCAAGAAAAUUAGGAUUACAGUACAGUAAGUCAGGGGCUAUACUACUGAUCAUUAGAUUACAUUUCAAUCAUAUAAAUAGGCCAUUUUCUUCUUUUUUUUUAAAGACACCAUCAUAUGGGAUCACAAAUCUGGUGCCUAGAGGCAGAACAGGUGGUAAAAGCUAUCUCUGCUUGAUCAGGCUUACAAGCAAAGUGAAGGCAGUCAGAACAGGCAAACUAAUCCUGAGGGCUAAGGCCAGCAGAACAGAAUAAAGACAAAGAGUGACUGCUGUCUGUGUCCUGUAUAGACUGCGGAGAAACAGCCUGAUGAUAAUCAGAGUUGUGACCACAACUCUGCACAAGUCUGCAAUUCUGCAUCUUAAGCUUUAGCACAUAUCUGAAUGUAACUGGAAUGUAUGUACCAACAUAUCAUCACUGUAUUUCCAACUCUAAAUGUUAUGGACUAUGCCUACCUUACCACUGCUGAUGUUGGAUGACUGCUUUGACAUUGUUCACUGUGAUAAAUUGAGGGUUUGUCCACUCAUUCAACCAGUGUGGUCCAUGUAGGAAACCACUGGACAUGUGAUAGAGAUGUCCUUUGCUAAAUCUAUUUAAUGUUCCAGAGGAAGGAAUGAAAGAUGAAGAUGUAUGUAUUGUGUUUAUAGGUAGUGUGUUAUGCUUAAAGUCCAAUGGUAUUCUGCAUUUCUCUGACUAUCAAAAUACCAAAAGCGACAAUGACUCAAUCCUACUAGCAAGUAUGGCUUGUGUAGCCAAAGCCUAUAUAUUAUGGUAUACUAUAUACUCUAAGAUGAAUGAGGGCAUUGUGUUUUAUUUUGUAUUUAUCCCACAUACACUGUCCUGCUGCCAUAAAUACUCACUAGCGCA